ACCCAACCUUACCCGACCUAGAGAUACAGACCUAUUAAACAGUAGUCAGACACUACUAGACACACACGGCAACCCAACCUCACCCGACCCAGAGAUUACGAUCUAUAGAGAAGACGACUCAACCGAAUCUUACCUGACGGACAGAACUAGAAUUCCUCAUCAGUAAUGAGACACAGCAAGCAGCAUAAGCAAUAAGUUGACAGUACGUGACUUUUAUCGAACUCCUAAGGAGUUACUAUUUGCCAGCCUCUCAGAGAAAGCAUUGGUGAGGUCAAAAACAUCUAUUGAAGAACGUAAUCCUACUGAUGCUAUCGGUCUAACUGUACGAACGUUGAAAUCAGCUGACAAGAUAAUAGAAAAAUCUUUUUUUACAUUAGUUGUGACUGCCGGUUGGAUAUUGCCAGUCGUGCGUGGUGGCAGAGCUAUAAUGGGCGCUAGUGUGAUAGUCGAUUCAGUGAUGCCGCGUGGUGGUGAUACGUUCGUUGACACGGCUGGUGGUGAUAUGUUUGCUGGUACCCGUGGUGGCGAUAAGUUUGUUGGUACUAGUGGUACUGGUAAUUUUAAUA